AUGAUCGGAGACAUGACAUUCGACGCUCUCAAUUCCCCGCCUCUCAUUGCGGUGGUCAACAACAAUCUUUAUUUGUUGGAACCAUAUUCGAAUGAGCUUCGUGUUUAUGACAUAAACAAAAAUGUUUGGGAAAAACUUGGUAUCGUACCUGUAAGAGCUAUUUCUGUUGGAGGUUGGGGUGUUGCGUUUAAGUCUCUUGGAGAUAGACUUUUGCUGAUCGGAGCUAUGUCUUCUCAUAGUAGGAAUGUGACGGUUUACACAUGUCGUCCAUCAACAAAAGUUGAAGAACUGAUUUGGGAAAGGUCAAAUGAUUCUUACAGCGACGACGGCAUUCACUUCAGCAGGUUUAUCCAUAAUUGCUGUGUAAUGUUUGUUUAG